AAAACCAUUACUCUCUUCGAACAGCUGGCAACUUGCGAAUUUCCAACUUGCACGCAGUUCCAACCCUGUACCGCUAAAAGACAAAAGACGCGUUUUGAGCGUUCCUGUCACAGAGUGUUCAAUAAUAGGGUUAUUUGACCUGGUACCGAAUAUACUGAUUCACAGAAGUUAAACACGGCUUGUAAAUAUGGUUUUUUUUUACAGAAUCCCAAAAAAUCUACAAAAGGAUUGGUCACCUCUCUACAAAAAAGCUCGUAUUGCUCCUCUUAUUGAAGACUAUCCAUUCAAUAUUCCUCAUGGCUUUAUGGCACCUUUACCUCAGCCUGAGGUUGGUAUCGAUAAUUUAUUAGAAUCAGUGGUUGAUAUGGCUAUGAUUAUUGAACCUACAAAAGAUGACUUAGUAGUUCAUACAGUUUCUCCAUACUGUCCAGUGCCAGAUAUAUUUAUUCCUCAUAAAUAUCGAAACAUCAUCCCGCCUAAUCCAUUAUUUGACGAUAACGACUCUUUUAUUACUCCCGGGUCACAAGAAUGGUUCACCUUUAUGUACAAUUUAGAAAAGAAUAUGUCUCAAGAAGAUCGUGCGAUAGCUAUAGAAGCUAUAGUUUACGAAAAACAUGUCGAUCUCAGAAGACUGUUGGAAGAUAAUGAACGCGAAAGACUCAAAAAAGAGCAAGAUGCAAUCAUUCAAGCUCACGAUGAAGCGCAACGAUUAAAGAACGUACAACAAGCCUUAUACCAUGGCACGACUCCGAAAUAUUUGCCUUGGCGCACUGGUCUUUCAAACAAACUUACAAGUUAUUUCAUAGUGAUCAAUCUCGCAAACGAGACGCUCACCUUUAUUAUCAUAAAACACGUCCUCAGUCGUCAGGGAUUCUCUAUAGUCACAAAAGUUCUAUGAGUAAUUUUGGAGUGAAUUAUAAUCAUUCUCUUUUACGUUCACAUUGAUAUACAAAUGAACCUCGCAGCUCAGUAUAUGCAGAUAUACAUUCUCCUUACACUUUCGAUGACAGCAAAUUAAUAGAGUCACGCCCUAACAAACGUGACGUAGAUCACAAUCGUGAUCCCUAUGAUCUCAUUUAUCGAAAACCAUCCCGUCAAGAUUCUUUAUCCGUCUUUGACUCCACGGUGGCAGGUUCCGUUAAAUAGUUACAAAUUGGUUUCUUUAUUAGUUUUAUAUAUUUUAUAUUUUUUUCUUUUUUUAG